AUGUUAUAUUCUAAGAAUAAUUUGAAUGUAAGCAACAACAUUCCAAAUAGUCAAGAUAAAAUGAGUGGAACUUAUAUGUACAUAAAAAAACUAAACAGUGAUACAAUAAUAAAAAAUAUAAAAAAAAAUUAUAAUUUGAACUUAUUUGUAAAUCCACAAGGAAAAACAUCAUUAAAUAAUAAUAUUAUUAAUAUUAAUAAUAGUGAGUUACGGCAAUAUGUUUAUAAAAAUGGUCUAUAUAUUAAUAAUCCUGUUGACUUAAAAAAAGACAUAAUAAAAGUUGUAAAUAAAAAUAAAUAUAUUUAUAGUAUUCCAAAUAAUAAAGAGUGUUUGACAUGUAAAACAAAAUCUACAAAUAUUGAAUGUAUUAAUAAAUGUGCACAUUAUAUAAAUAAGGAUAUAAAAUAUAUGUAUAAUAAUAAUAUAUCAUAUAUAAAAAAUAAUGGAAAUAAUAUAGUUAAUAAUGGAAUGUGUUUAAAUAAUAAUUUGUCAUAUAUAAAUAAGAAUAUAUAUAAUAAAAUAUACAAUAAUAAUAAUGAUAAUAAUAAUAAUAGUGGCAAUAAUUCAAUUAGCAAAAUUAAUACAAGUACACAUAAAAAUAUUGCGCAAUAUAAUAAUAUGCAUCCGUUUAUAAAAUAUCAGAUAAUAAGUCAGGUAAAAAAUGAUAAUGCUGAUAAUAAAAAUUAUUUUUUAAUGACAAGAAUAUCUGAUAGUGAAAAAAAAAAAUAUAUAGAAAAUAAGGAGGAAAAUAAAAAUAAAAAAAAUAUAUAUAAUAUAAUGGAUAUGUAUCAUAAAAAUGUAAACAUUAAAGAAAAUAAUAAAAAUACAAAUCUACAAAAAACAAAAGAUAUAUAUACAAUUGGACAGAAAAAAAUAUAUAUUCCAUUAAAUAAGAAACCUAUUAAUAAUUUAUCAUUAAAUAAUAAUUACAUUUCUUGUGAUAACAAAGAAGGUAUAUUUCAUAGUAAACCCUUUUUCUUAAAUACACAAAUGAAUAUGAAUAAUAAUUACAAAGAUAUAAAAUUUAAUAAUCAUGAAAAAAAAAAAAAUUUCCUUGUUCAGAAUUCACAAAAAAAUCAUGUAACAAAUAAUAUCAAUGUUGUAAAUGUAAAUUAUGAACGAUUAGCUGAUAAUAAGUCAAAAGAAAACCUUAACAAUUUAAAUAAAAAGACAGAAGAAAAAAAAAAAGAAGACGAAGAAAAUAAAAAUAAAAAGAAAAAUAAAAAGAAAACAAUUAAAGAUUUGCAUCAAAAUAUUAAAAGUGAUAGGGAUAAUAUGAUAAGUCAAAAUGAAAAGAACAAUAUAUCGAGCAUAAGUAAAAUAAAUCAUGAGGGUGUUUUGAAAAAUAUGAACAAGAAAGAAACAAAUAAAAAUAAUAACCAUCUAAUAAGUGAUCAUAUUUCAAAUGAUAAUGUGUCAAAUGAUAAUGUGUUAAAUGAUAAUGUGUUAAAUGACAAUAUUUUAAAUGAUAAUGUGUUAAAUGACAAUAUUUUAAAUGAUAAUCAUAUAAAAAACGUAUCCAGUGAGGAGGACAUUACUAAAGAUGAAUGUUCAAAAGAAAGUAAAGAUAUAAAUGAAGAGUGUAAAGAAGAAUGUAAAGAUAUAAAUGACGAAUGCAAAGAAGAAUGUAAAGAUAUAAAUGAAGAGUGUAAAGAAGAAAGUAAAGAUAUAAAGGAAGAAUGCAAAAUACAGAGUGAUAAAUUAAAAGAAAAAAAUAAGGAAGAAAGUAAUUCUUUAAAAAAAAUUAGCAAUAAAGAAAGUGAUAUUGUAAACAAUAUAUGUAAAAUAGAAAGUCAUAUAAUAUCUGAAGAAAGUAAAAAGGAAAGUGAAAUUGUAAAAAAAGAAUCUAUAAUCGAAAGAAAUAUAAUCAAAGAAAUAUAUAAUUGUAAUAAUGUUAUAACUAAAAAAAAUGAUAAUAAUAAAGAUAUUACAAAAAAAGAUACAUAUAUUAUGGAAAGUAAAGAAAAAAGUAAUGAUAUUUAUAAUGUAUCUAAAAGAAACAAAAAAAAAGACAAUAAUAAUAAUAAUGAUAAUAAUUAUGUUUCUCAGGAAAGAGUUCAACAUAUUAAUAACGAAUCCAAGAUAAAUAAAAGUAUAAUAUAUGAUAAUAAAAUAUAUAAGAGAAAUACAAAAAUUGAUUAUAUAUCACCCGAAUAUAUUAGUCAAGUCAUUAAAGAAUAUCAUAAUGAAGAUAGAAAACAAAAAAAGAAAAAUAUAUAUUACGAAAAUGUAAAAGAUGAAAAAGGUACUACUCUAUAUGAUAAAAAAAAGAAUUCCAAUUUGUUUGAUAAAAAUGAAAAGGUACACAUUUUUAAUAUAAAUAAAAAUAACAUUCAUAAGGAUUGUAAAAAAAAAGAAAGUUAUAUUUCUUGUUCAAAUGAAAAUAAAUAUAUAAAUGAAGAUUCUAAUUUAAAAAAAAUAAAAAGAGAAGACUAUAAAAAUAAAGAAAAUGCAGAAUGGCAUAUGGAUAUAUCACGAAUUGUAAACAGUGUUGCUGAAGAUAAAUUAGACAAAUGUCAUUUAUCAGAAUUAAUGAAAAUAAUGAAAAGGAUAGAAAAGGUUAAUAUGAAAAAAAUGAAUAUAGAUAAUUUAAUAUUAGAGGAGAAUAAUUGGGAAGAUAUUAUAAAAUAUGUAGAAGGAAAAAAUAAAAUAAAAGAUAAAAAUGAAGGUGUAGAUGAAUAUAAAGUAAAAGAUAAAAAUGAAGGUGUAUAUGUAUAUAAUGUAAAAGAUAAAAAUGAAGGUGUAUAUGUAUAUAAAGUAAAAGAUAAAAAUGAAGGUGUAUAUGUAUAUAAUGUAAAAGAUAAAAAUGAAGGUGUAGAUGAAUAUAAUGUAAAAGAUAAAAAUAAAGAUAAUAUAAAAGAUAAAGAAAAAAGAAACGGUAUAUCCCUUUCUAGUAAUGAUUAUAAUGUAUAUAAUAAAAAUAAAAAAAAAUACAAUGAAAUAACAUAUAACAAAAAAAGGAAUUACACUAAAAAUAAAAAGAAUAUCAAUAAUAAGUAUCAUGUGAAUAAUGAUAAUAAUGAUGUUUUAUAUAAUGUAGAUGAAAAUAAAGAAAAAUGUAUUGAACUUAAUAAAAGUGUUAAUAACAAGAUAAGUAUUAUAAAUAAUAUAAAAAAUUAUAUAGACGUGUUGAAUUUAAGUUUUGAAGAAUUAAUACAUUUAAAAAAUGUAAAAGACAUCUUUUGGUAUCUGUAUAUAAAAUCUAAAUUUGUUAAGAAACAAAAUAUGAAAGAAUUUUGUGAAUUAAUUAAAGAUAAGAUGGAUGAUAAAAUACAUAAGAAUUAUUUUAUGGAAUAUGUAGAUUAUGAUAGUUUUAAAAAAUUUAAUAAAAAUAAUUUUGAUACAUUUGAAGAGAAGAUAUAUUUAUUAGAAAAUUUAUUUUAUUUAUUAAAAUCAUAUCCAUUAGAUUAUGAUGAAAAUAAAGGUUGUUUUUAUAUGUUAUAUCCACAAAAGAAUAAAAUGUUUAAAAAUUCGGAAUAUGAUAUAAUAAAAAAUAAACUUCAUCAUUUAAAAAUAAGUAAGGAUAUAACAGAACAUUUUAAAAAUAAUUUUUUCUUUUUAGAUAAAAUAUUUAUACCUAAGGAUGCUUUUUUUUUUGUUAAAGAUUCAGAAGAUAUUGGUUUGAGGGAUAAAGAUAAUAAUAUUAUUUAUAUACAUCAAGCAUUAGUAAGUGAUUUGAAAGAAGAUGUAAAUGAUAAGUCUAUAUUUGAGAACCUAUAUUCAUCUAGUCCUCCAUAUAAAUCUGAUUAUUUUAGAUAUAUACAAAAGAAGAAGAUACAAAAUAAAAUUAGGAAAUUUAAAGAAUAUAUAUUAUAUUAUUAUGAAUUCGAUUCUAUACAAGAUUUUUUUGAUUUAUUAAUAUUAUUUGAUGAAGAAUAUAAAAGUUUAGAAAUGUUAAAUAGUUGUACUGACAUUCCUUAUAAUUUAACAAAAAAGUUGUAUUCUGAUUAUUGUCAUAAAAUAAGGAAUAUUAGAAAAAAUGAGGAAUCUAUCCAUAAUAUAUUUAAUAAUUUAAAUAACAAAAAUAAAAAGAAUAAUAUGGAUAAGCAUAAUGUUUAUAAUAAUGAUGAGGAAAAUUGUAUGUUUGGAUCUAACAAGUUGUGUAAUAAAGAAAAUGAUAAUAUAAAAAGAAUACAUAAGGAUGAUAAUUUUAAUAUAACAAAGAGGUAUAUUUCUUUAGAUAAUUUAGAAAAUAAUUAUACCCAAAAGUGUAAUAUAAAUGAGAAAAAUGAUAAGGCAGAUAAUAAUAGGAAUUUAUUUUGUUCAAAAAGAAGGGAUAGUAAUAUAAAUAAGGAUAUGUUAUACGAAAAAUAUGAUCCAUUAAAAGGAUAUAAUAAUAUAAAUAAUAGUUGUAGUAUAAAUAAUAGUUGUAGUAUAAAUAAUAGUUGUAGUAUAAAUAAUAGUUGUAGUAUAAAUAAUAGUUGUAGUAUAAAUAAUAGUUGUAGUAUAAAUAAUAGUUGUAGUAUAAAUAAUAGUUGUAGUAUAAAUAAUAGUUGUAGUAUGGAUUCCUAUUAUUGUGCUCACGAUUCAGAAUAUAAAAUCGAUGAAAUGUCAAAUAUAUAUUUAUCAUUUUUUUAUUCAAGUGAUAAUAAAAGAAAAAUGAAAGAAAUAUCUUUAGAUACGUUUAAAAUGUUUGUAGAGAAUUUAAGUAAAAUUAAAGGUCUUUCAAAUUUUACAUGUAUUGAUGAAUGCUUUUUAGGUAUAACAUUUUGUGAUCCAGAUAUACCUAAACAUUUAUGUAAUCAGAAAAAGGUAUUACCAAAAAAUAUUAAUUAUAAUGGAUUUAUGAAUUGUAUGAGAUAUAUACCAUAUGUUAUACCAGAUUUUCCUUUAUCAACUAGCCAUUUUGAGAUAUCAUAUAAUAAUGUAGAGAUAUUUAAUUCAAGAAAUUCAUUUUUACAUAUAUUAAAAUAUAGAGGAAAUAGAAAUGAUAUAAUUUUAUUAAGAAAUAAAAUUGUUUUGGAUAUUAUCCAGAUAUUUGUAUAUAUACCAUGGAAUUUUGGUGUAGAUACAGGUAUAUAUACUUCAUUAAUUAAUAUGCUUCCUGAGAAGAAAGGAACUGUUGACAUGUGUGAGUCUUCUUAUUAUAAAAAUUAUAAAUAUUAUUUAAAAAGAAAUAAAAAAUAUAAUAAUAUAAAAAAUUUGAACACGUUAUCAGAUAAUUUUUCAGAUUCAAAUUCUACAUCCACAUCUAAGUAUGAAUCGAAUAAUUUUGUGGGUAACUUAUAUAACAAGGAAUAUAACAAAAGAUAUAAAAUUGGAGAUGUGGUAGAAGAAAAAAUAAGUAAUAUAAAAGAAAAGGAUAUAUUACAUUUAAAUGAUAAUAUAUAUAAUAUGGAUAAUAGUUUGAAUAGUUCUUAUAAUAAUAUAUCUUUUGAAGAAACCUUUUUAAAAAUGAAAAAGAAAUUAUCUUAUAAAUGGAUACCUAAAUGGCAUAUGUGUAAUGAUAUAUUUUUAUCAAGAUUAAUAUCUUAUGAUGAAAUACAAAUAUGUUUACAAAAAAUAUUUCCUUUAUAUUUAAUACAGACAGCUUUAAUUUAUAUAGUUCAUAUAUCAUGUUGUUUGUUAAAUAAUGAAGAAUGGAAAUAUUUCUUUGAAUCUCCUUUUACUCUUUAUAAUAAAUUAACACCAGAAGAAAUAGCAAUACGAUAUAUAAAAUUAAAGGGAUAUAAAUUUAGUAAGGUAAAUAAUAUUCAAAUAAAUAAAAAUAUUGAUAUUCAUCAAAUAUUUAUGAGCAUACCAGAAAAUAUGCAAUGUCCUGAAAUUUAUAAACUAGCUAUAAAUGGAGAAAAUACAUCUAGUGGCUAUUUAGCUGAACCAUUUGAUAUUUAUCAUUUAAUGUUUAUUUGUAAAGUUUUCUGGUAUAUCUUUUUAUAUGCAGAUAAUUUUGUUAUACUUCGAUCAACCUUAUUUAAAAACAAACCAACAAAAAUGAAAAAUAAAAAUUAA